AUGGGUGUUAAGCCCAGAACCGACCGCCCCGUCGCAGUCAUCGGCGCCGGCGUCCUCGGCCGCCGCAUUGGUUGUGUCUUCAUCGCUGCUGGCUACCAUGUCCACAUCCGGGAUACCUCGCCGGCGGCUCUCCGCGAUGCAGCAGAGUACAUCGAUCACCACAAAGCCGAGUUCUCGUUGAUGCCACGCAUUCACAAGGCACGCGACGAAGAUGAUGAGGGAAAAGAGGACGACCCCAAGGGUGGGGCCUCCAUUUCCCAGGUUGAACUCGAGUCGUAUACGUCCGCGCCCUAUAGUAUCUGCAAGACGUUCACCAAUCUCGAAUCCGCUGUUUCCAAUGCUUGGUUGAUUGUCGAGGCUGUGCCUGAAGUCCUGCAGUUGAAGAUCGAUACUUUGGCGGCUUUGGAUAAGUGCGCUCCGGCGGAUUGUUACAUCGGCUCCAACAGCUCCUCUAUGAAAACAAACUUGAUGCUUGUCAAGGUCUCCGCCAAGCGCCAACGCAAAGUCUUCAAUAUUCACUUCGCUAUGCCUCCUUCUAUCCGCAUGGUCGAGCUCAUGACCUGUGGUAAGACCGAUCCCGCGAUCUUCCCUUACCUGGAGACUGUGUUGGGCGAGUGUGGCAUGCUGCCAGUGACAGCUCGCCGCGAAUCGACCGGAUUCAUCUUCAAUCGCAUUUGGGCAGCAGUCAAGCGCGAAAUCAUGCAAAUUCUUGCCGAAGGCGUCAGCGACCCCAGCGAAAUCGACCUACUCUGGGAACACAUGUUCAAAAACGGCCCUCUCCCCUGCCAACUGAUGGAUCAAAUCGGCCUCGACACCGUCGCCUACAUCGAAGACAACUACAUCCAAGAGAGGGGACUCCCCUCCACAGCCGUCGACUGGAUACGCAAAGAAUACAUCGAGCAAGGCCGCCUUGGCAAGAAGAAAGCAUCCCCAGCACACCCGCACAGCGCCGCAAAGGACAUCUACCUGCUGGACGUCGGGCUCGGCGGAAAUACCAAGGAUGUCUCGCAGGUGCACUCGAACGGCAAAAUCCUGCGCCUCAACCUCGCAACCCAGAAACUCACCCCCGUCGUCGUCGGUCAGAACCUGCCCGACGGCAUCGACGUGUCACUGGAGACGCAGCGCGUCUUCUGGACGAAUAUGGGCCGCAGCACGGCCGCCUGUGAUGGCUCCGUCUGGUCGGCUGAAAUGGACGGCGGCGAUAUUGCCUGUCUUGUCCCCGUUGGAGAGGUACACACGCCCAAGCAGCUUGCGGUUAACGAGUUGCGGAAACAAAUUUACUUCUGUGAUCGUGAGGGUACAAGUGUGCAUCGCUGUGAUUAUGACGGGAAUAACCACGUUAUUCUGGUACAGCGCCGUGUGGAGCCUGGCUCGAGUCUGUUGGAGCAGAUGACGCUUUGGUGUGUGGGUAUUGCUGUCGAUGCUCAGCGCGGUCUCUUGUACUGGACACAGAAAGGACCUUGCAAGGGUGGUCGUGGUCAGAUCUUCUGCGCUGGCUUGGAUAUUCCUGCCGGUGAGACUGCUGAGAAUCGGACUGAUAUCCGGCGUCUGUGGAACAACCUCCCUGAGCCUAUUGAUAUUGAGUUGGAUGGCGACAGUCAGACUCUGUACUGGACAGAUCGGGGUGAGCACCCUUUCGGUUGCACGCUAAACCGCGCGUAUGUUGGUGGUGAAGAGAUGGAUAUGGAAAAGGUUAUUCUGGCGCGUCACUUCCACGAGCCUAUUGGCUUGAAGUUGGAUAAGGCGAACAACAUUGUGUAUGUGGCUGACCUAGGUGGUAGCCUGUACUCGGUGUCGUUGGAGGAUGGACUUAAGACUGAGCUUGUGCGCAAUGAUGUUUGCUAUACUGGGUUGACUCUUGUUUAG